UCUAACCUGAAAAGGUGCAGAAAUGUUAAAGAAUAUUUCCAAUAGGGGAAGCUUCCAUGUUCGCAUUGCCACAAGUAAUAAGAUCAUCAGCAUUAUUUAACCAGCCACCAAUCACCGCCCCCACUGCGUCCUCCUCCGUAGCUCUCUCCGCCUGUCUCCCUCGGUCUCUCCCUCUGAGCGUCCACUUAUCAACCAAGGUCCGGAGGCAAUGGAUGCAACGGCAGGCAGCAAAAAAAGCUCCGCCCCCCUACGCGCAGCAGGCAGAGCCAUCGUCGCCCAACGCCACCGCCGUCCCCGGUGUGGAGACGAGCGGCGGCGCCGGGGACGACGAGCAGGUGGAGAGGUUCUACGCGCUGCUGGACAACAUCCGAGCCAUGAGGGCCAUGUUUAGGAGCGGCGGCGGCACGGCCACGGGGAGGAAGCGGGCGCGGGAGGCGGAACUGCCGUGGAGGCCGGCGUUCAGGAUGGAGGAUUUCGAGCUCGAGGAGGUCACCGUCGACGCAGGGUGCGCCGGGAAGAAGAAGAAGAAGGAGGAGGAGGAGAAGAGAAAGGGCCUUGCGAGGCGGCAGCCGGCGGGGAGUGAGACGGCCGCCGUCACCGGCGACGACGAGGGUGAGGUCGUGGUGCGGAAUGGUCCCGGACGCAUCUCCAGUCGCGGCGCGGCGCGUGCGGGUGCAUUGACCAGCUAAUAGCUAGCUCGUAGAUAGUCGAAUUCGAUGAAUGGAUGUCACACUUCCGUUGUUAAUUUUCCAUCAGGGACAUGUAUUAUGUGCUCGCUGUAACUCUUGUCAUGUAAAAUUAAGAAUCAUGUACUCUUAGCCAUAGUCUAAGAGGGCC